UCCCCUUGCCCCCUUUUUAAACAUACCCUUGUACAAAAUUUCUCUGUAUAUACCACCUCAUAUAUUCAUAUAUAUACGAGUGUGUGUGUGAUCUUUUGUAGUUGAUGUUAUGUACACAUAAUUGAACUAUAGUGAGUUGGGUAUUGCUUUAUUGAUUUUAUGUUAUUGGAAUUUUGAUAAGACUUGAAGAUUCUAUUCAUUCUUUUUUAGAAAGCUAUGGAUGUUUAGAAGGAAUUAGGAAUUAGGAAUUAGGAUUUAGAGUUUUUGAUGUUUGUAAGAUUGAGGAAUUAAAGCGGGAAACAAAAGUCCAAAGAUAAUGAAUUCAACAUAUACUCAAUUCGUUGCCUCUAAAAGGAUGGGUAUAUGUGAUCCAAUCCAUCAAAUUGGCAUGUGGGGAGAUUUCAAAAAUAGCAGUUUCCCAGAUACGUCGGCAACCUUGAUUCUUGAAGUUGAGAAUUGUUUAGAGAACGAGAUGCCUAUUAUGGAGAAAAGACCACACAAUGAGACAGAGGAACUUUCACAUGGAACAGUUGGAACGUCUAACAGAUAUGAACCAGAAGCACGUAAACCUAUUGAUAAGGUGCUUAGACGCCUCGCACAAAACCGUGAAGCUGCUCGUAAAAGUCGUUUACGGAAGAAGGCCUAUGUUCAGCAGUUGGAAAAUAGUAAACUGAAGCUGCUUCAGUUGGAACAAGAACUAGAACGUACUAGACAACAGGGUCAGUAUGCAGGUGUCGGUUUAGAUGAAAGUCAGAUAGGUUACACCGGAACUGCAAAUUCAGGAAUUGUUGCUUUUGAAAUGGAGUAUGGCCAUUGGGUGGAAGAGCAAGAUCGACAAACAGAUGAAUUAAGGAGUGCUUUGAAUUCUCAAGUUGGUGAAAUUGAAUUGCAGCUUCUUGUCGAGGGUUGCUUGAACCACUAUUUUGAUCUAUUUCGCAUGAAAGCUGCGGCCGCACAUGCCGAUGUUCUCUUCCUUAUGACUGGCACGUGGAAGACAUCAGCUGAGCGAUUCUUCUUAUGGAUUGCGGGAUUUCGCCCCUCUGAGCUUUUAAAGGUUCUCACACCAAAUGUGGAGCCAUUGACAGAACAACAACUCCGGGAUGUUUGCAACCUCAUGCAAUCGUGUCAACAGGCAGAAGACGCAUUGUCCCAAGGAAUGGUAAAACUCCACCAGAUUCUUGCUGAGGCUGUUGCAGCUGGUACACUAGGUGACGGUAUUAUCCUUCCAAAGAUGGCUGCUACCAUUGAGAAUUUGGAAGCUCUAGUUAGAUUUGUAAAUCAGGCAGAUCAUCUUCGCCAAGAAACCCUUCUACAGAUGUCCUGCAUCCUGACCCCGCAACAAUCAGCUCAGGGCCUCCUUGCCUUGGGAGAAUACUUUAAACGUCUUCGUGCUCUAAGCUCACUUUGGACCAGUCGUACUUCUGAACCAGCAUAAAGAAGCAAGAAAAAACCAUUAUAUGCCACUCAGCGCAUAAUUCAACUUUGCCAAUGAAAGCUGAGCAAGCUAAAAUCUGCACUUUGCUUAUACAGGUAAAACUAUGAAUUUGGAUAUGCAACAUAAUAUCAGCUUGCGCCCGUUUGGACACUGCUUCGCCCCUGAUUGAAAUCUGUAUAUAAGUUCCGGUAUGCUGUAAUUGGAACUUUGAAAUUUGCAUUUCUCUUUUUUUUCUUUUUUCUUUUCACAUUGGUUUUGAUGAUUGUAAAUCAAUAUGGUCUUGAGUUGUUUUCCGAGGCUCGCUUGCCAGGUCUGGGGAUGGAACUUACUCCAAGUUGCUGUUAUGGUACCUCUCUGUAGUAUCUAUUAUGGGAGUGUGUGAUGUGGCAAGCAAUUUUUGAAAGCUUUGCAGAUGAACAACUGCUAUAAAAGAAAAAUAAGCAAUGAUGACAUGAGCAAUAUUAUGUUGUUACUUAAUGAAUUGUGUUGAGGAAAAUUUGGGCAUAUAUAUGUUUACUUCUACAGAUUUUCAUCCAAAAAGAUUGUUGGUUACUUGGACAAAUAUAAAUACCAAGUUCAGCUAUGGCAUAUUCCAUAAUGUAGUUCACUGUAUAUUCCGAUGCAACAACAAUCACGAAUUUUUCUCUAUUCCUCUCGUAAAUGUUGUAACGCCCUUAAUGCUAGGUUUUGGAAAAGA